GUAUUCGUUUGGACAUCAGCGCCUCAUAUCCGCGCUUGCAGACUCCAGCCAUGGCGGGGCCUGAAUGGGAGUCACUGGAGCAGUGCUUGGAGAAGCACCUGCCACCCGCAGACUUGCGGGAGGUGAAACGCAUUCUCUAUGGCAAGGAAACCAGGAAGCUUGAGCUGCCCGGCAGGGCUUUUGAAGCUGCCUCCAAAGGGGACUUCGAGCUGCAGGGAUAUGCCUUUGAGGCCGCGGAGGAGCAGCUGAGGGCACCUCGGACUGUGCGUGUGGGACUUGUUCAGAACAGAACCCCCCUGCCUGCAGAUGCCCCUGUGGCCAAACAGGUCACCGCUCUUCACAGACGCAUAGAAGCCAUUGUAGAGGUGGCCGCAGUGUGCGGAGUGAACGUCAUCUGUUUCCAGGAAGCGUGGACUAUGCCCUUUGCCUUCUGUACGAGAGAGAGGCUUCCUUGGACAGAAUUUGCUGAGUCAGCAGAGGAUGGACCCACCACCAGGUUCUGUCAGAAGCUGGCAAAGAAGCAUGACGUGGUGGUGGUAUCUCCCAUCCUGGAACGAGACAGAGAGCAUGGGGAUGCUUUGUGGAACACAGCUGUGGUGAUCUCCAAUUCUGGGGCAGUCCUGGGAAAGACCAGGAAAAACCACAUCCCCAGAGUGGGUGACUUCAAUGAGUCAACCUACUACAUGGAGGGAAACCUCGGACACCCCGUAUUCCAGACUCAGUUUGGGAGGAUUGCGGUGAACAUCUGCUACGGGCGCCACCAUCCUCUCAAUUGGCUCAUGUACAGCAUCAACGGGGCUGAGAUCAUCUUCAACCCCUCAGCCACCAUCGGAGCACUCAGUGAGUGCCUGUGGCCAGUUGAGGCCAGAAACGCAGCCAUUGCGAAUCACUGCUUCACCUGCGCCAUCAACCGUGUGGGCGAGGAGCUCUUCCCGAAUGAGUUUACCUCUGGAGAUGGGAAGAAAGCUCACCGGGACUUCGGCUACUUUUAUGGCUCGAGCUACGUGGCAGCCCCGGACGGCAGCCGCACCCCCGGGCUCUCCCGCAACCGGGACGGGCUGCUGGUUGCUGAGCUCGACCUGAACCUCUGCCGGCAGGUGAAUGACAUCUGGAACUUCAAGAUGACUGGCAGAUAUGAGAUGUAUGCUCGGGAGCUUGCUGAAGCCGUCAAACCCAACUACAGCCCCAAUAUCGUGAAAGAGUAGCUGGAUUUUAGACCCUGCCUGCCAAGGAGGGCACCUCUGUCCCUAGCAGAAUCAGCAAGUACAGCAGGCUUUAGAAGUCCAAGGUCUCCCUGAUGAUGUCCUGAUAACAUUGCUGUCCACAUUGGUUUAAAAAUGCUCCAGGCAGGGAAGGGAGAUUGAAGAGUGACUGCCAGUGGAUAUGAGGUUUCCCUCCCGGCUGAUGAAAUGUUUGGGACCUACACAGAAGUGAUGGUUAUACAACACUAUGAAUAUACCCAUGUAAAAUGGGUACACCGAAUUGUAUACUUUAAAAUGGCUAAAUCUAUGUCAUGUGAAUUUUACCUCCAUUUAAGAAAAAUCCCAAUCACUAAUGGUACAGGUGGAUUUGCAGUUGGACACGUGGGAUGCCCCAGUUCUGAGGUUCCUCUCUUCCUCUGUGUAGACUUAUCAGCAACCUGAGGGUAAGGGUGGGAGCAGAUGUGCAAGUAGGGGAAGCUGAGGCUGUUCCCGAGUCAUUGAGCUACUGGAUGGCUGUGGGCGGGGGAGACGGUCAUUGGAUGUGUCAACAUGGCUAGGCUGCGGUCUCCAGCCAUUCACUCAGAUGCUAAUCUGGGUGUUGCAAUGAAGGUAUCUUAUAGAUGUGAUUAAAGCGAGAUUAUUCUAGAUAAUCCAGGUAGGCCUGAUUCAAUCAGUCAAAAGGCCCUCAGGAGGAGAGGUAAGGCUUCCCUGAUAAACCAAGAAAUUCUGCCUGUGGACAGCAGCUUCCCCCCUCCCCCACCCCACAUGCCUAAGAGAUCCAGUCUGCUUUUCCUGACCACCUGCCCUCCAGUCCCCACAAUCACUUAAAUCAAUGCCUUGCAAUAAAUCUUUUAAUAUAUAUCCUACUGUUUCUGCUUCUCUGGUUGUACCUUUGCUGAUUACAGAUUCUGGUACCGGAACAGAAUCUUCAGGAUGAGUUUUCUGCAUCGGUGCUAGGUUUUCUGGAAUUCUUCUCUAAUUUGUUUCAUUUAAAGGCACUCAUGACUCUAUUUGCAGUGUUAAAGAGGCCAUGGUAGUCCAUGGUAUAAUGGAGCAAUAGAGAUUUAUAGAGAGAAGAGACCACCAGCCUGUGCCCCCAAGUCCCAGCCUGCCGUUCCUGGUGGCCUGUCCCAUCUGUGGAUUUUAGGCUUGGCUAAGCAGCCCCCAUCAUCAUGUAAGGCAAUUUUUCUCACUAAAUCUCUGUAUCUUUAUAUAUAUAUACAUAUAUAUGUAUGCAUAUGUAUGUGUGCGUGUGUAUACAUAUAUACACAUGUACGUAUCUCCUAUAUAUAUAAAUAUAUCUGCAUCGCCUGCUGAUUCUGCUUCUCUGAUUGCGCACCCACUGCCUGACUGACACAGCAGGUUGCUCACCUCUCUGCACCUUGGCUUCCACAUCUGUAGAGUGGGACCAUAUCACCUCUUUUCUGCUUUAUGUCACAGGACGGUGGUGAGAGACAGACUAGAUGGACCAGGAAGCCUAUGUGGUCUCUGUUCCUUGCAUCACACAACAAAAGUCCUACCUGUGCUGAGGGCACCUGGGUGAUUCGGCUGGUUAAGUGACCGACUCUUGGUUUCAGCUCAGGUCAUAUUCUCAGCCUCGCAUUGGGCUCCG